GACGUGGGUCUUAUGGCAAGUUCACACUUUUCCGUUGAAAGGUGAGAACAUCUUCCGAGAUGGGGAGGGCAGGGCAGGGCAGGUAUGAGUGUUUACAGAGAGAGUGGGGGGGAGUUGCCUUCUCUGUAAACGGGUUUCCCCCAAAUGUUUGCUCGCGGGGCCCGCGCCAGGACCUCGGCAUUGUGGCCCGGUCUUCCAUCCGCGCGUUUCUUGGAAAGUGCGUCAGGGGAGCAGCUGAGGGAGGCUUAACAUUUCAAACGUCCUGGCGGUAGGCUGCGAAGUUUCCACCCUGAAAGCACCGUCAUGCAGCAGCGGCGGCGGCGGCAGUGUGGAGCAGGACACCACACCUCGCGGGUGAGGUGCUGAGAAUCAGCUUUCUGAGCAGCGCUGGAGUGGUUCGAUUCCCUGAGAUUAAGAUGCGUGCGUAAAACAAACGGCACCGUUGUGAUUUAUCAGCUCUCCUGAUUGUUUUAAUAAGAAUAUCUGACAGACAAUUAAUCAUUAAAUUAGACAUUUCUCUCUCUCAUUCUACUGUGACAAGUCACUACACGAACACGUUUGGUUUGUUGUACCUUAAGACAGAAUCAAACCUUUGGCCUCAAAGUCUACUCGGCGUUAUAUAGCGGCACCAAUACGAGUCGCUUGUGCCAUUAGUCAUAGAUGUCCUCUCAGUCGGAAGGAGGCCUGCAGCGGGAGACCACGACGAAAUCCGAAGAGCAGAAGUCUUCUGAAGAAGACGAAGAAGAAGAAGAAGAAGAAGAAGUUGUUGACGUGACAAGUCCUGACGGAUGCGCCGGGGACGGAGGGCAGCGCGCAGCCGUGGCCCCGUCCCCGGAGCGCACCAUGACGCAGCAGAGCCCCGCGCGCAAGAUGACCCGGAGCCCCAAGUGCGCCCGCUGUCGCAACCACGGCGUCGUGUCGUGUUUGAAGGGCCACAAACGCUUCUGCCGCUGGAGGGACUGUCGCUGCGCCUGCUGCCUGCUGGUGGUGGAGCGGCAGCGCGUGAUGGCGGCGCAGGUCGCGCUGCGGCGGCAGCAGGCUGCGGAGGUGAGGAGGGCGCAGGGGCAGGGCAAGAGGGGGGUCAGGUGUGCGGCUCCGCUGCGGAGGACGGCGUAUCAGCGUUACAGCAGAGUGGCCGAGCCGAGCAUCCUCACUAAGAGCGUACUGCAGGCAUGUGCAGGGCUGAAACCGGCGGCGCCGCUGGAAGAAGACGCCUCCUGCUGGUCCAAGCUGGCACAGCGCGAUCGCGCGCACUUUGUGUGCCCGUCCGUCAGCGCCCGGAUGAGGAAGAGGCGAGCCUUCGCGGACAAGGAGCUGGAGAACGUGAUGCUGGAGCGGGAGCUGAGACAGCGAGAGCUGCAGGGUGAACUCUCCUUCUCCUCCUCGGUGCUGGUGCCCGUGCUUCGCCCUCCUCCGCCCCUGCCCGUCUCCCCCGGCCUCCACUGCUGCACUCUCGACGAGGAGGGCCCGACCGCUGCGGGGGCAUCCGGCUAUGUGUAUAAAUACAAGCCUCCGCUGUACGAGUGCGACUUCCCGUUCUGCCACCUCUUCCACCCGAAGGGCAGAUCCCCCGCAGAGGCCGACUAUCGUGACUUUUUAUUCCGGAGCCCCGGGCCGGUCAGGGGGGACGAGGGGGCGCUGAGUGGUUGGAGAAUCUCAGAGAAGAAAGGCCGACCAGAGCCGAUGCCUCCGCCCGCACAACAAGGACUCAGACAUCAUGACAGCACAGGUCUUGCAGGUCUGGAACCUGUCAAAGGCGCCGCAAACCCGCCAGAAGUAAUGGACUCAAGCGGCCCGUCAACCGCCGCGCGCUCCAUUGUUAGAUCGGAUCAGCGUGGCCUGGGCGGAGCGGUCGUCAGCGACGCCAGCAGGACGUUUGAUCCCAGGCCUCUGGCAGCAGGGGGCCGCGGCGCAGACUCUGGCGCCGCCCAGGCGGCUCCGCAGGCCGACUCCGUCAAGAGCCCUCACGGCGGCUCAGUCAGGACUCCCGCCGUGAGGCCAUUACCCUUCUCUGUGGAGGCUCUGCUCAGGGCCUGACGGGCAAACGGGAAGUGGAGUGGAGCACUGUGUUUAUGCGCGGACCAAGACACUGAGGGUAUAAAUAUGAAAAUAAAAUAAUAAUCUUACUAGAGUUUUUUUCUUGAGAGAGCUAGUUACUGUAAAAAGAGGUGAUAUAUAUAUAUAUAUAUAUAUAUAUAUAUAUUGGUUUUUUUUCAUUUUUCAUUCAAAUGGAUUUUACUACAUUUUAACAAUCUAUUAAAACUAUAAUGUCAAAUUAUAUGUACCUCGACGCUUGCCCACAUUUUGUACAAAUAUCCACUUUUAAAAAAUGUUUUUUAUACUCCCCUGUCAGCAAUGUGGUAAAAAACCAAUUGUACUGCACCCCUCCGCUUUAACCUUCUCUCAUUAAUCACACUUGACUCUCUUUUUCCUGCCGAAGAAAUAUACAUAGUGCAUCCAUAAAAACGAAGUCCAUGACAGAGUCAAGUACAGCGUUUGCACUCGUGCGCCCACUUUCUUCCCUUAUACUCUUCAAAUCAAAGUGCGGAUGGUGGCCGGCCGAUCUCGCCGCUGCUCUCGGGGAUGGCGGUGACGGUUAAAAAGGAGCAAAGAGUUUUUUAAAAAUGGUUCUGCUGUAGC